GGAACAAGAGAGAAGCAGCCGAGUACUUCACAUUUGCUUUCCCAAACCAUGUGUUGUGCUUAGCAAGGAUGAGAAGUGCUACUUGAAAAGCCUGUUAAAAGCCCUCAUCCCCAGUUCCUACAUGACUGUCUCUGUGAGGGUGGUAUCAACCAGUGAAAUAGCUGCUGAGAGCUGUAGCGCAAGGCACGAAUGCAUGUGAACUCUGGUGCAUUUAAGUGGAAGUAUGUGCAUAUGGAAACUUUUUAUGUGUCAUAACAACUUUGUAGAAGGAACCUCUUUUGAACAAGCAACAGCCUGCAUUUCCACGGGCCCAUCUCUGUGAUCCUGAGGACUGGCAGUGAAACCUUCUCUGAGGGCUACUAUACAGUUUGAUCAAGUAAAAGUAAUGGACCCACACAGCCGGUUAUUAGAUGACUUAGGCUUGCGUUCCAUGUUAGAUGUAAAUCCUCAACAAGUGUUCUUCCAUGCAGCAGUUCACCUGUAGUACAAACCUGCAGCAAAAUACUCGUCCGCUUCACAACUACGUAGCGGGAUGGAGGAGACGAGAAACAAGUUUGAAGAAUGGAUGAAGACUUUAAAACACAGGCACUUGACUCUACUCUUCAAAGCCCAUCAGAGACAUUGCUUUCCAUUCGACUGUUGGACUUUAAAACAAGUUUACUGGAGGCAAUAGAAGAACUGCGUAUAAGAAGGGAAACAGAGAUUAAUUAUGAAGAACAAAUAAGUAAAAUUGUUGUAGAGAAACAGGAACUUGAAUGGCAGAAGGAAGCUCUGCAGCAUCAGACAGACACACUGCACCAACAAAACAAAGAAGCUAUGGCAUCUUUUAAAAAACAGUUACAGGCAAGGAUGUUUGCCAUGGAAGAAGAAAAGGGAAAAUAUCAACUUGCUGUAGAAACAAAAGAAAAAGAAAUUGAAGGACUGAAAGAAGCAUUAAAAGCCUUACAGAUUUCAAAAUACACUUUACAAAAGAAACUGAAUGAAAUGGAUCAAAAAUUACAGAUGCACUUAACAGCGAAAGAGGAGCAUCAUAAGAAACUGAAUGAAGUUGAGAAGUGUUACGCUACCAUUGCAUGUCAGUUUGGAAUCAUAAAAGGCGUUCAUGGAAAACUAGAGCACAGUGUACAGGAAGCAAUACAGCUCAAUAAGAAAUUAACAUCUGUGAAUAAAAGACAAGAGACUGAAAUUAGUAGUCUGAAGGAAGAGACAGCAGUACAUAAAAAAGUUCAAGAAGAAAAUGCUCACAUUAAAGAAGAAAAGCUGGAAAUUCUCAGCUCUCUACAAUGUGUGCAGGAGCUGCUUCAGCGACUAACCCAAAUGAACGUUAGAAUGGAAAGUGAAUUAAAUGCACUGAGAGAAGAAUAUCAGACCCUUGAAAGAGAUAAUGAGCUGCAAAGGGAGAAGGCAAAGGAAAAUGAAGAAAAGUUCCUUAAUCUUCAGAAUGAGCAUGAGAAGGCACUAAGAACUUGGAAAAAAGAUGAGGAAAACAUGAGAAGAGAAAUAGACACUAUUAAAAAUGAGCUGAAUUGCCUUAAAGGAGUUCAUAGAAAUCUUGAAGAUUAUCAUCCUCCUCAGGGAAAUCAGCAUUCUGAGCAAGUGGAAAAUCUGCAGAUGCCUUCGGCAGUUCAGCCCCUACCAGCAAAUGUGAGUGGUCAAGAACAUUCAAAAGACAGUGACAUACAAACUAUUCAGAAAGGAAAUGAAUGUAUGCAACCUGUAAUAAGAAAAGAUGGUAAUUCUGAACAUGAGGAAGAAACUGAAGUAAAAACCACAAUGGACUACUCUUCAAGCACUGAGGAACUGCAGAUAGAACAAAAUUUACAAGUUCUUGAAAACAGUUUUAAGGAUGAAAUUAAUGUUGCUAGCCCUUAUGAAGAAAAGCAAAGGGAGGCUUCUCCCAGAAAUACCCUCUGCACAGAUACUGAUUUAAUUACCCAAGGACGGACCUCAGAAAUACAUGUCACUGAGUGCAAAGAAGCAGAAAAUCUAGGAGCAGCACCUAGAAUGUUACUGGAUGAAAACAAUGCAUAUUUAGAACAAAAGCUGCAGGACAGCACUGAGCCAUGGACAGCGUGCCACACACAAACAGGAAAGAUCUUUUCGGACAGUACUGACACCGUAGGUGCCUACAAGAAAAAUGGAAGUCAGGAGACCAACUCUAGCAAGCAAGGGUUGGGCAAUACUACAGAUGAAUCAGUCUGUACUAAGGCAGAUAAAAAAUCAAAUACCAUACAACGCAACACAAGUGUCCUUACACCUGAAGCACCCAAACCCAAGUCUGAAGUGGUUCUUUGCACUAAGAGUGCUGGGUGUGAGAGAAGUACAGAUAAUGAGCAAGCAAAGGAAUUAAGUCUUGGCAUCCUAUCUUAUGUUAAAGAAAAUUCUCAAAUGGAGUACCAAAAACGUACCCAGCAGGACAGUGACAAUUACAUAGGCAAUGGACUACAUAAACCAGAAAAAAACUUGCUAAAUCUGAGUGGUUUAAAUAGAGAUAAACUUCCUUUUAAACAGACACACAUAGAUGCGGAAGACAGAAGUUACAAUGACAGUGCCAGAAACAUAAACAAAGAUGAUGUGCUGCGGAGUACUGGUGUUCCAGCAACUGCUGCUCAGAAUCCGCCAACCCUUUAUUGCGGUAAUGGAAGCAGUGAUGAUGCCACAAAAGCACACAGCGCUAAUAUGUCUCUCUCAGGUACUUUCAAUUUAUGCCCCCUCAAAAUAGACAGAAGAAUAUAUGUGGGUGACAUGAGCAGCAAGCAACCUGAACAAGACAGUACUGAACAACCAGGGAAUGCUACAAAUACAUGUACUUUGAAUGCUGAAGCCGUAUCUCCAGUGAAGGCUGACGGUCUUGAAAUAAUUGCUCAUAAAAAACCCCCAACACAUAGAGUUAGUACAGACAAACGAAUUCCAUGUAAAAAAGUUAAUGAUGAUAUUCAGAUACACUCCAUCAAAAAUGGAUAUUCCCUGGAGAUUAAUAAUUCAACAAAUAACACAUUGUUAAAAGAGAAAAAAGAUUCACUGAAUAGUACAGUUCCAGGAAGGAAGUUUGCUGAGGGUCACCUGAAAAAAUCAUGCUCUUUACCCAUGAGAACAUCUGGAAAUUUAGUAAACAUAAGUGGAAGGUCAUCCUUUGAUCUUUCAACCUCAGAUAAAAAAGCUGAGAAAACGCCAGUAUACUUAAACUUUUUAGACCCCAGUUCUUGUUCAAGAGUAAAUCAAAAGAGAGGUCAAAGUACAUGGACUUCAGCUUCCAAGGAACCUUCCCUUUUGAAAGAGAAACUACCAUGCUCAGUGGAAAACACAAAGAUUACUUCAAAAGCACAGUGUCAAAAUCUCAGUGAAAAUGUUGACAGAAGAGAAACAGGACUUGGUUCUACCAGUUUUAACAGAACUGCCAACACAUUGAAUACCUCUAGUAUCCACCAAGACCCCCAGGGAGACCCUAGUGAAGACCGGAAUGCUGUAGCAAAGACUUUUUAUGAUUCUUCUUUUCCCAUAGAACAUGAGAAAGAAAGAUUUACUGCUUUACAGCACGAGCAGAAGUCUUCUCACAUGACUGUAACUCCAACGAGAAGUGAAAGUGCACUCAGAGAUGAGGACAGCUCUUCUAUUCAUAACGUCAUUAUACAAAACCAAAUAGAAGAAAUUGAGAAAUUCCUGAAUUUGGAGAGAUUUCAUUCAGCAAGAAAAAGAAAGUAUGAAGAAAGCCAGUGAAGAUCAGUGGCAGGAGAUAAAAAGCAUGUCUUUUAGGCACAGAUAAGUCAUGUAAAUCAGAUGUGUAGAGGUAUUCCUACAGAAUAUGGUAUAUAUGCACCAUGCUUUCAUGUUUAAUACAGCAUAUACUUUUUGUAUGUUCAAAAAUUGAUACUAUCCCUACUAAUAAUGUUAGUUCUCUGUUUCUGCAAUCAGAUAUGCAAGUUCUUAUGGGCUUUGCCUGAAGUUUAAAAGUUCACUAAUGUUUUAUUAUCUACUGAUUAAAAUUAAAUGGAUACUUAAGAGUUCCCUUCUCCUGCUCACUUCAUUUUGGUGUCUCAGUCAGUUUCAGGCAAAAUCAGCUGCAACUGUUUCAAAAUACAAGAGUUUCUACAAAUAUUUACAACAACUUACACCAGUUCCAAGUGGCAGAAGAACAGGAAAACCUUUUGCUUACUUUUAAAUAAUUGGGCAGUAAAUGUAUCUGUUGUAGUUGAUUCUGUAUCAAUAAGAUCUCUUUCAACACUAAAGCAUCAGGUACGAUUUACAGAGAUUAAGGCAGCAGGAUCUUGCUUGAAAAAGCUUCACUUCUAACUGGUUCACAUUUUUCCUCCCUUAGGGUCUAAGGGAAAUUCUCUCACUUUACAAUUACUUGCAUUAUCAUUUUUCUGAUCUCCCUCCCUUCCUCC